AUGACUAACUCAAAAUUUUCAGUCGUCGCCAGAAAGACAACACGAUGCCUGAACAACAACCCCAACAAUCCUCCAGCAAAGAAGGUUCGAGUACCGCUGGCAACAAACGACCAACCCGCUACAGAGUCGUCAAACGAUGGAUGGGGUUCCCGCCCGAUCUUCCAGAGUAGCUACAGACUUGGAAUGGAUCCGGACAGCAUCGAGGAAGGGAACGCGAUUCUCGACGCUUUCAUUGAGUAUGAGAUGGCAAACAAUAAUGCGGAGAAAGAAUAA